AUGGCGUCGUCUGAACGGCACCACCGUCCGCACACCUCCUCCUCCACCACCACCUCAUCUUCAUCAGAUCGCCACAACAACUCUCACCACCAUCAAGAGCGAACUGAAGAGGAGCGUCGCCGGCAGAAGGAGCUGAUCAAGGCGCUGGAGACGCCCGAGCAGAAGCGCGCCCGCCGACUGGCAAAGAAGGAGGAGAAGGAACGAAAGCGGCAGGCGAUGGCCGGCUGGGACGACGAGUACAGCGGCUACACCAACGAGGACAAUCCCUUCGGCGACUCGAACCUUCGAGAGACCUUCAUCUGGGGAAAGAAGUACGAGAAGCUGGGCCUGAAAAGCAAACUCGACGAGGAGCAGAUUAGGGCGAUCAACCGCGAGCGGGCCAUUCGAAAUCGCCACGAGCUGGAGAAGGUGAAGCAGCGUCGGCUGGAGCGGGAACGAGAACGCGAAGAGCGCGCCGAGGAGAUGUCACAGAUGCAACGCGCCAAGGAGGCGGAACAGUUCAAAGAGUGGGCCAAACAGGAGGACUACUUCCACCUGAAGCAGGCGAAGCUGCGCUCGAAGCUACGCAUUCGGGAGGGCCGUGCCAAGCCCAUUGACAUUCUCGCCCGCUACAUNCAAACAGGAAGACUACUUUCACCUGAAGCAGGCGAAGCUGCGCUCGAAGCUGCCGAGCCCUACAACGCCCUCAAUGGGCUGCGCAUCCGCGACCUGGAGGACCUGGAGGCGGACAUUCGCGUGUACCUGGAGCUGGACAGCGGCGCAGAGGCUAACGCCGACUACUGGCGCAACCUGCAGGUCAUCGUCGAGGACGAGCUGGCGAAGCUGAAGCUGGCCAACAUGGACCUGGCGGAGCGCCGCAGAGAGGGCAUCAAUCCUUCGGUGUCGGCGGAAAUCAGCCGCCUGCUGGCGGGCAAGACGCCUGCGCAGCUAGUGAAGCUGCAGACGCAGAUCCUCGCGAAGAUUCACUCAAAGGAGGAGGGCAUCGACAUUGGCUACUGGGAGACGAUGCUCGCACGGCUCAAGGCGCAGAUUGCCCGCGCCCACCUCCGUACGUUUCACGAGGCCAAUUUGGGCCGGCGAGCGCAGCUGAUCGCCACCUUUCAGCAGCAGCUCCGGCAGAUGGAUCCGAGGAGAUCUGCCGCAACUGCAACCCAAGAAAAGGAGAUGAAGGUCGGCGGGGAGACGGAGGCUGCAGAUGAUGAAGAGCUGAAGAACGAUGAGGUGGAAGAGGAGGCACCGGCGGAGGAGGAAGAGGACGAGCUGCGUUUCCUCUCCGCCGCCGAGCUGGAGCAGAAGUGCCUGCAGGACUACCGCUCCGGCGGGACCGCCGCCGCCCCCUACAGCCCGCGACCGCUGCCCGUGGAGGAGCUGCCCACCGGAGCGCUGAUCAUCAGCGCCGAGGAUCGCGCCCGUGAGCUGGACGAGCAGCGGGCGGCCACGCUCAAGCGCCUGCUCGCCUUCCCCACGCCCUUCGUCCAGUUUGACCGCAGUGAGCCAGGCAGCAGCGGCAAGAAGGGCGGCAACAAACGGGGAAAGAAGGGCGGCGAUAAGGCUGCUGAGGCGGCUGAAGAGUCUACCGCCAACUACGACCACAACGCCCUGGCCAUGACCCGGGACGAGGAGGCCUUCCUGCGCGAGGCCCGGCGCGGCAUGGCCGACGACGAGGCGGUCUUCAGCGUGGAGGAGCAGGCCCUCCUCCAGGCGAAGGACCGCUACAGCUGGUCGGAGAAGUACCGCCCGCGGAAGCCGCGCUACUUCAACCGCGUCCACACCGGCUUCGAGUGGAACAAGUACAACCAGACGCACUACGACGUGGACAACCCCCCGCCGAAGGUCGUCCAGGGCUACAAGUUCAACAUCUUCUACCCGGACCUGAUCGACAAGUCGACGACGCCCAGCUACAAGAUCACCGCCUGUCCGGAGAAUCGCGACUUUGCCUUCAUCCGCUUCACCGCCGGCCCGCCCUACGAGGACCUCUGCUUCAAGAUCGUCAAUCGCGAGUGGAACUACUCCUAUAAGGCGGCUUUCGCAGUCAGUUCCAGAACAACAUUCUCCAGCUGUGGUUCCACUUUAAGCGGUACCGGUACCGGCGAUAAGAAAGAGGUCUUUCGGUGGUAUGCAUACUUUCUUCAAUAUUUCUACACACUUGAGGCUGCCAAUAAACGCACUGUUUAUGUACUGUCGGCCAAACUUUUGUUUCUGCAAAAGAAAAGAAGUAAACUCGAUUAA